AUCCAGGAAGGGCGUACCGGACUCGCUAUCUAAGCACCUGAAGGAGGAUCAUCCUCUGCGAGCGAUCUCAUUCGGAGUGAACAGCACUUGGUUCUUCAAAGAAGCCCCGCGAAGCGGGAAAAACGGGUCAUAUUGUCUUUCCAGCUCAGCUGCUGUUUAUUACCCUCGCAUCCAUGAGAUCUAUCAGUCUGAUGAGGUCAUAAAUUGGGUAGCAUUCGGUGCGAAGGGGGAUUACGUCGUAGACACAGACGAGAAGAUUUAUUGGCACUCCGAAGAACGCGUAGUGCGUACAUACAAAGAAGGAGGAAACCAAGUUCCCUUGCGAUGCGCAUCAUUCGGGUGCGAUGGCGCAUGGGUUGUUGUGGAAGACGACGGCGUCAUACGUUCUGCGGGCUUAUCGGCGAAGAUCAAGGCUGCCUUGGACAAGAAGCCCGUCAGGGUAGGCAUCGUAU